GCCCCGAAGCAUUUGCAAGUUGCUCAUAUAAAGAAUCAGGAAAAACGAUUAAUUAUAAUUCUUGAUGGAGCACAGUUGGAGUCUGUGAAGGUGGGAAAUAAUUUCGAAUUGUUAAAUUGCGACGAUCAUAUUGGAAUCCUUAAGAAAAAUAACAGAGAUCCAGGAAGCUGCAGACCUGAUAUUGCUCAUCAAUGUCUUUUGAUGCUGCUGGACAGUCCUCUGAACCGAGCAGGACUUCUUCAGGUUUAUAUUCAUACUGAGAAGAAUGUCCUCAUUGAAGUCAACCCACAGACGAGGAUACCCAGGACUUUCAAACGUUUUGCGGGGUUAAUGGUACAACUACUCCACAAAUUCAGCGUCAGGGCGUCCGAUGGCCACAUGAAGCUGCUGAAAGUCAUAAAAAAUCCAGUCACUGAUCAUCUUCCAGUGGGAUGCAGGAAAUUAGCGAUGUCCUUCAGUUCCAAAGUCGUGAAGAAUCCCAGAGAAUUGGUUCCCGGAGAAGAGCCCAUAGCCAUUGUUGUAGGAGCAAUGGCACAUGGACAGGUGAAGACAGACUAUACAGAAGACACAUUAUCUAUCAGUAAUUACCCACUCUCUGGAGCAUUAACGUGCAGUAAAUUGUGUUCUGCUUUCGAGGAAGUUUGGAAUAUAAUUUAAGACAUAAAUUAGUUGUAUCAUUACGAAAUUCUGUAUAUUUUAUUGUCAGCAUACCCAUUAAAUGUUGGAAACGUGGUGA